CGAAGCAGAAUGAUGACAUCAACAGCGUUCCCGAAGUACGAGCAUAUCGCAACCAAUGUCGCCCGCUUCAGCACCAGCCGAGGCUGCCCGCGUACAGGCUGAAGAGGCAGCAGCAGCAGAACAAYUGCAGCUACARGCCGAUGCAGACGCAGAUGCCCAGGYUCGCCGCAAGGAAGCCCAGGWYYUGCUGCAGCGGCAUGAAGCCAACAGCAUCGACAGACUCAAGUACUGGCAUUUUGAACCGAACGGCGACGAGGCAAAACCGGAAGAGAAGCACAAGGAGUUCGUCUCCAAACUCGUGACGCGGUUGUUGUAUGCUUGCAACYGCCAACGGUCAGAGUUGGAGAGACAGUACCAGGACCUGACGCAACAGCAUCAGGAGUUGGCACAGCUCCGCCGCAUGGUGCAGAGCCACGAGGAUGCAACACGGGCACUCAAUGCCCGAUUGCUGGACCUGGAACAGGCUGUACCAGGACCAACUGCAGGGGCUUCAAGCAGUGCACCCUCUAGCCGCCAACUGGAGGACCGCGUUGACCAUGUAGUGGCAAUGCUCGGCGACAUCAGCACUUUCGCUGCGCUGACCACCACCAUCAGCAGUCAGCUGCAUACAUUGAAGACCGAGGUCCAGCAGCUGCAGACGACGAACGCGGAUGGCAACCCGAAGAUGUAUAAGAUGCCAACUUUCAAUCUGGAGAGGUUCGACGACUACACGCAGCAGGAUCCGGUCCUCUGGUGGGAAGCAUUCACAACGCAACUCAGGAUUCUGCCCGUAGCCAAGCAUGCGUACAUCAGCGCCCUGUUCCUGAACUUAAAGGGCGGAUGCCAGACCUGGUUGAGCCACCUGGCAACCUCCCACGGCGUCGACGUACCAGACUUGAAGGACCAAAUCACAUSGGAAGAACURACACGGCUGUGGAAGAAGCGGUUCAUCGUCGACGACGYGCCRACACUCGCCAUMAACCGUUUGUUCACCAUGUCACARGGCAACACUGCAACACRGGAUGGGCUCACAAAGUGGCAGAAGAUUGYGGCAGUGYCCAAUCURGAGYUGCCUUUCAMUCAUCUCAGACGUGAGUUYUACAACAGAUCCUGYGCUGCAUUGAGCCAGGCUCUUGGUGAUCGCGAGCAGUACUCCACUUUCGCCGAGAUUAWYGACAAGGCGAGAGAGAUCAUCAAGACCSACAGGUCAGCUGCACACGAGAAGUCACCAUGGCAGCCGACCUAUGUGGAGAAGGUACGAACUGGUCCGCGACAGCAGSASUUCGCUGCAGUCCAGCAGGACRGUGGAGAUAACSCAGCAGCCACUCCAGCAUCAAGUGACGGAGAUCAGGUGGCUGCUGUCCAGCCGCGAAGCAACAACAAGUYCCRCAAYAAUGGGAAGGCGAAAUCYGCAKCGCAGGUCGGAAAUGGACAGCCAGGACAAUUUCCAURSGUCAAGUUUGGCUUGACCGAGGCGGAUACCAGCUCCGUUGAUGGACGCCGGAGCAGAGGUUGUCGACCUUCACGUUUACAUCGCGAAGAUCGAUCACGAGUUCAAGACGCAACGGUACGACGACAUCCACGCACCAUUGCUAUACAUACGCAUUCAGAUCGGAGAGGCGACCUGCAGUGCCUUGAUCGAUUGCGGAGCAACUCGCAACUACAUCAACCAGGACUUCAUGGUAUGCGCCGGCCUUGGCCCACGUGUCCGGAGGAAGCCCCAGCCGACGCAAGUCACAUUGGCGGACGGUCACACGCACAGUCAACCGACCGGUGCAUUGACAGCGUCCCAGUGUACUUUGCCCCUCAUGCAAGUGAGGCGGUGUCCUUCGACAUUCUAGACACAAAAUUUGACAUGAUCUUGGGCAUGUCAUGGCUGCGAAGCAAGGAUCACCCGGUGAACUUCUUCAACCGCACCGUUCACGUUCGUGACCGGAACGGAGUAUUAGUUCCAUGCACGGUGCCUCUUCCUCAUCCUUCGAUCAGCUGCCACGUGGUAUCCGCCGCAAGCAUGCGAGCUUCCAUCAUCCGAGACGACAUCGAGGAGAUGGGGGUGUGUUUUCUCCACGCCCUCCCGCCCCAUGACACUUCAUCGAUGGACUCACCUUCGGAUCCACGCAUCACCGAACUUCUCGACGCCUACAGCAACGUGUUCGAAGGCCCGCACGGAGUAGUACCGGAUCGACCCAUCCUCCACGAGAUCAUCCUCGAGGACGGGGCCGUACCUCCGCGCGGUUGCAUCUACCGAAUGAGCGAAGAAGAGUCAAGUGUUCUCCACACACAACUCGACGACCUUCUAGAGAAAGGCUGGAUUCGGCCUAGCUCAUCGCCAUACGGUGCUCUUGUUCUCUUCGUCCGGAAGAAGAACAAGGAUUUGCGGUUGUGCAUCGAUUAUCGCAAGCUCAACGCGCAGACGAUCAGGAUCGCCGGCCCUCUCCCACGCAUAGAUGACCUUCUCGAGCGAUUGGGCGGCGCCCAGUUCUUCUCUAAGCUGGAUCUCAAGUCAGGGUACCACCAACUCGAGAUUCGCAAGGAGGAUCGCUACAAGACGGCGUUCAAGACACGGUAUGGGCAUUUCGAGUGGCUGGUCAUGCCAUUUGGCCUUACGAAUGCCCCAGCCACUUUCCAAGCGGCUAUGACGACGGAGUUCCGACACAUGCUGGAUCGUUUCGUACUUAUCUACCUUGACGAUAUUCUGGUUUACAGUCGGAGUCUGGACGAACAUAUGGAACACAUGUGCAUCGUUUUGAAGUGGCUACGACAAGCCAAGCACAAAGCAAACCACGACAAGUGCGAGUUCGCACAACAGGAGCUGGAGUACUUGGGACACUAUGUGACGCCGCAAGGCAUACAUCCGCUCGCGGACAAGAUCGAGGCCCUACGAGUAUGGCCCGAGCCCACCAACACCAUGGACAUUCGUUCAUUCAUGGGAUUGGCGGGCUACUAUCAGCGAUUCAUCACCGGAUACUCCAGGAUUGCUGCACCUAUGACGAGGUUACAGUCGCCAAAGGUGCCAUUCGUAUUCAAUGACGACGCACGCCGCUCAUUCCAAGCACUUAAGACGGCUAUGCUCAUGGCACCCGUCCUUAGCAUCUAUGACCCCACCCUGCCGACUCGAGUGACUACGGACGCUUCCGGCUAUGGCAUUGGGGCAGUCUUGGAACAGCACGACGGCAACGACUGGCACCCUGUGGAGUAUUUCAUCCACAAAGUGCCUCCCAUCAACUCGCUUGAUGAUGCAAGGAAGAAGGAGCUGCUCGCAUUCGUGAUGGCUCUCAAGCGCUGGCGGCACUUCCUCCUUGGGCGUCGUAGGCUCACAUGGGUCACAAACAACAAUCCAUUGACCUACUACAAGACGCAGGACACGGUGAGCAGCACGAUCGGACGAUGGAUGUACUUCAUCGACCAAUUUGACUUCACACCGAAACAUGUCCCCGGCCUCUCCAAUCGCGCAGCAGAUGCACUCUCGCAAAGACCUGAUCUUUGCGUUAUGACACAUCAUGCCUUCGAGGAGCUUCAGCGACACUUCAUCCGGGCAUAUCAGUCUGAUCCGGACUUCGGCACGCUCUAUGCACAGCUAUCUUCGGAUCACCCGCCGGCCAGCCAUUACCGCAUUGCYGACGGGUACUUGCUCCUMCACUCGAGAGGCAAGGACUUACUAUGUGUCCCACGCGACCGUCRUCUUCRGACUCGCCUCCUCGGCGAGUAYCAWGAUUYACGACUCGCCGGCCAUUUCGGAGUCAAYCGCACUAUUGCACGACUUCGACAGCGAUUCCGAUGGCCCGACCUCAUUACCGAUGUCACUCGGUAUUGCGACUCUUGCGAAGUUUGCCGACGUAGCAAGCCCCUCAACCGCAAUACCUACGGCGAGUUACGCCCGAUGCCUAUCCCACGGGAACUCGGUCUCUCCAUUGCCAUGGACGUCACCGUACCAGCUCCGUUGAUGGACGCCGGAGCAGAGGUUGUCGACCUUCACGUUUACAUCGCGAAGAUCGACCGCGAGUUCAAGGCGCAACGGUACGACGACAUCGACGCACCAUUGCUAUACAUACGCAUUCAGAUCGGAGAGGCGAACUGUAGUGCCUUGAUCGAUUGCGGAGCAUCUCGCAACUACAUCAGCCAGGACUUCAUGGUACGCGUCGGCCUUGGCCCAUGUGUCUGGAGGAAGCCCCAGCCGACGCAAGUCACAUUGGCGGACGGUCACACGCACAAGUUAAUGGACCGGUGCAUUGACAGCGUCCCAGUGUACUUUGCCCCUCACGCAAGUGAGGCGGUGUCCUUUGACAUUCUGGACACCGAAUUCGACAUGAUCUUGGGCAUGUCAUGGUCGCGAAGCAAGGAUCACCCGGUGAACUUCUUCAACCGCACCGUUCACGUUCGUGACCGGAACGGAGUAUUAGUUCCAUGCACGGUUCCUCUUCCUCAUCCUUCGAUCAACUGCCACGUGGUAUCCGCCGAAAGCAUGCGAGCUUCCAUCAUCAGAGACGACAUCGAGGAGAUGGGGGUGUGUUUUCUCCAUGCCCUCCCGCCCCAUGACACUUCAUCGACGGACUCACCUUCGGAUCCACGCAUCACUGAACUUCUCGACGCCUACAGCGACGUGUUCGAAGGCCCGCACGGAGUAGUACCGGAUCGACCCAUCCGCCACAAGAUCAUCCUCGAGGACAAUAUGAGUCGGAAGUCUGCAAUGGUUCACGGGGUCUGGGGGAGGUCUUCAAGUGUCUUGAUCGGCAGCAAGAAGGGGUCUUCGGAUGUCUUGAGCAGUCCCAGGUCAGCGGCAGCAAUAUGGGUCUUGAAGGAGGUCUUGGUCAGGUUGAUGAUGGAAGCAAGGCGAACUGCAAGGGUCUUGGUCAGGUCGAUGAUGGAAGCAAGGCGAACUGCAAAGGUCUUGGUCAGCGGCAAGGGGGGUCUUCAAUGGUCUUCAGCAAGGAGAAACAAGAUGCUGAGUGUUGAUGCGUGGAAAGUCAAGAGGUCCAUGGUCGACGGCUGUGGGCACGUCCGUGUUGUACCUGAGCGUGGUUCCGUAGGCAUGGAAGAGUUGUUUCCAGAAUUGGGAGAGGAAGCGGGGGUCGCGAUCAGUGAUGAUAUUCUCUGGGAGGCCGUGGUGUCGAGCGACAUGGUCGAAGAAGAGAAUGGCAAUGUCUUUGGCAUUGUGCGAGGUGGUACAAGGAAUGAAAUGAGCACGUUUGGUCAGGCGGCAAACAAUGACGUAGAUGCAAUCAUGCCCGCGGUCGGUCUUGGGAAGACCGCACACGAAGUCCAUGGAAACGGACUGCCAUCGGGAGUAGUCGGGAACAGGGUCGAGGUCGCGGAGUUUGUUGUCGAUGGUGGAGAAGUCGGGGCAAGAGAGGUAUCCUUGGGUGUAGCGAUGGCGGAGCGAUGGCAGGAGCUGGAUGUGGCUCAUGGCGGCAUAGACUUUCUCGGGAGGUUUGUAAUCGGGGCGGCGGGAGAGGGCAUCGGCAACGCGGUUGCUCUUGCGAGGGGUGUGACAAAUGGUAAAGACAAUGUGACCAAGGUAUUCUACGCUAGAGGCAGCAAAUGUGCAUUUGUUGAGCUUGGCGUAGGAUUUCUGGUCGCGGAGGAUGGCGAGAACUUGGCGGAGAUGAUCAAGGUGGGACUUGAAGGUGGGGCUAAAAACAAGUAUGUCGUCGAGGUAGAUCAGGACACAGACUUCGAGGAGGUCGCGGAAGAUGUGGUUCAUGGUGGAUUGGAAUGUGGCGGGGGCGUUGGUGAGACCGAAAGGCAUUACGAGAAAAUCGUAGUGGCCGAAGCGGGAGCGGAAGGCGGUCUUGUGGGUGUCCUCCUCGCGGAUGCGGAUCUGGUGGAAGCCACUGCGGAGGUCGAUCUUGGUGAAGUAUUUGGCUCCACAGAGGCGAUCAAGAAGUUCGGAUAUCCGGGGAAGCGGAUACUUGUUCUUGAUCGUGAUCCGGUUCAAGGCGCGGUAGUCUGUGCACAUGCGGAGUUCCGAGGUGUCGUUCUUCUUGACGAAGAGACAACUGAUUCCGAAGGGGGAGGAGCUAGGCUUAAUGAAUCCUUUUUAAAGGAGUUCAUUGAGCUGGCGCUUCAUUUCUUCGGCCUUGGGGACGGAGAGCUGGUAUGGGGGGUGGCAAGGGGGGGAGUGGCCGGGCUCGAGAUCGAUGGUGUGGGAAACACCUCGGCGGAUGGUGAUCGGGGAAUCAUAGCCGGUGGAAGAGAGGCCGGCUUUGCGACCACAGGCAUCCGUGAUGAAGUUGCCGGUGGCACCAAUGUCGAGAAGGGCCCGGAACUUCACCGUCGAUGCUCCAAAGGAGACGGUGACGAAGCAUCGACGGUGACGAACUUGAGCUGGAACAGGGCGGCCCCGACACAAAUGGAGGAGAUCAUGGCAUUGAGGCGGCGCUGCUCGAGGCCUAAUCUAACAAGUCGAGUGUGUCGGUCUUGUUCCUCAACGAGAUCGGAGAAAGUGAUGGUGGAGGGGUUGGGGAGGAGGGUAGUGGAACAUGUGGCCGUGGGGUGCUCAGCCGACGGAAUAGAGGACGUAGUCGGGAGGAGGGCAAGCGGAGUAGACUGCGACGCCUGGGGGGUGUCCGGUAUGAAAGUCAUCGUCGGGGGAGGGGUUGGCAGACGAAUUGUUGGUGCCAGGAUAUGGCUACAAGGGGAGGGGGGACGGUGUUCAAGUGGAGGAGGGUCCAGAGGCCGCGGUGGAGGAGGAGGAAGUGGAUGUGGGAGGGCUGGAUCCGGUGGGGCGGGAAGCCCGGCGGGAGGAGCGGCCGGCCUUGGGGCAAUUGGUUUGCUGAUGCCCCAACUGGCGGCAACGGAAACAACCGCCGUUGAUCUGGAGGAAGGCGCGUUCGGCGGGGGUGAGCUUUUUGAGACGAGGGGGUUGGGGGGAGGAGGAAGGUUGGGAGGCCAGGCGUUGCCGUUCCAUCCUCAUGAGAUGGACAGCCUGGAAGUCUUCCUCGGUGAAUUGGGCUGGGUCAAGGGACUCGGGAGAGGAGUCAAGGCCGCGAUCAUGGUGGAGAAGGCGGGUAAGGAGAUCGGUGAGAGGGAGCUCGAGCUCAUGGGCGAGGGCUGCGGCGAGGUGGGGGAAGCAUACCCGCUUGAUGCGGGAGAUGAAGACGUAGUCGGGAAUGAGAGUCGAUGGGAUGUGGAGGCGGAGGGAGCGAACAUAUUGGAUGAAUCGCUCGGUGGGGCCGGUUUGGCGGAGGUUGCAAAAUUGAUCGAUGUAGUCAUCGAUGGUCUUUUGCGGACGGAAGGUGGCGAUGAGAAGGUCGGCCCAUUGAAGGAACGUGAUGAGGGGAAGGCCGUUGGCUCGGCGGUUGUUGGCUUCGGCAUUUUGAAUUUGAGAGAGGAAAAGGAGGACGUCCUCGUGGGGGAGGCCGGAGAACGUCGCGAUAUCAGUGGCGCGGAAGGAGCGGGGAAUGUCCCCGUUGCGGGGUACGAUGCAAGCGAGGGUGUUGAAGUUGCGGUCGUCGGGAGAGGUGUCGUAGCAGAGGGGACGGUGGAAGUAGUGAGGAUAGGUUCGGUGAGGGGGGAGGAGAGGCGAAGGGGAGUGGUUCGUGUAGUGGUGGAAGCGCUUGUAGUAGGUUGUGAGGAGGGGAGGGAAACGGGAAGGGAAGUGACGGGGGUGGAAGAAGGUGUGGUGGAGGACGGUGGGGGGGUGGUGUUGGAGGAUGAGGCCUGGCCGGCUUGGUCGGCAGAGAGGCUUUGGCCAGAUUGGCCGGAGGAGGGGGGUUGGCUAUUUUGGCCGGAAGAAGAUGGUUGGCCGGUUUGGCCGGCGGGGGUGGAUUGGAUGGAUUGGCCGGAGGAGGAGGGGGGUGAUGACGUCGUGACGAUGGUGAUGGCGGGUGUGUGGUUUUCGAGGGAGGUAACGCGAUCGGAUAUGGAGGUCGUGGAGGCCUCGAUUUUGCGGAGCGAGGCAGAGAGUGCUGGAAACAUGGAGAGGAGAGAUGUGUUCUUCUCGGUGCCUGGCUGGUCGACAAGCUCGCGGUGGAUAUCCUCGGCGGAAUCCAUGCGGAGCGAGCCCAUGUUGAUGCUUGAGGUGCCUGGCAGUGACGACGACGGGGAUCUAGGCAGCAACGAAGAUCGUGGCAACGACGAGGGUCACGGGAGCGGCAGGAUCAUGGCGGCGACGAGGUCUCGGCAACAACGAAGAUUGCAGCACGUCGAAUGUCACGGCGGCGAUGGGGGAGAGAACUGCUCCGAUACCAGUGUAAUGGGCGCAGAGGCAGAGGACGAGGAGGGAGCAGAGGGAGAGAGCGUCGUAGAAAGGGAGGUGGUCCAUGCAAUAGAGGUUGUCCCAGGUAGUAAGGUACCUAGAGGACGAAUCUAUAGGAUGUCUCCUACGGAGUUGGAUGAGCUCCGCCGCCAGCUCAAGGAGCUCACGGAAAAGGGAUGGAUUCAGCCUAGUACCUCCCCUUACAGUGCGCCAGUCUUAUUUGUCCCAAAGAAGGGAGGUACCCUGAGGAUGUGCAUUGACUAUAGGGGCCUCAAUGCCCUCACCGUUAAGAACGCGGAGCCCCUACCCCACAUCAACGACCUCUUGGAUAGAGUGCAGGGAUGUCGGUACUUCACCAAGAUAGAUCUGAAGUCCGGAUACCAUCAAAUUGCCAUUAGACCUGAGGACCAGCACAAAACUGCAUUUCAGACCAGGUACACUCUGUACGAGUUUGUGGUGAUGCCCUUUGGCCUAAGCAAUGCACCUGGUACGUUCCAGCACGCGAUGAACAAGAUAUUUCAUUAUUACUUAGGCAAGUUUAUCGCCGUGUACCUCAACGAUAUUCUUAUCCUUAGUAGGACUGUAGAGGAGCACGCUGAGCACUUGAAAAUAGUGUUAGGUCUCCUAAGACAGCACCAGUACAAGGUUAACUUGGAGAAAUGCGAGUUCGGUCGCACCAAGGUCUUGUACUUGGGUCAUGAAAUCUCAGCGGAUGGAUUGAGGUCGGAUGAUGCUAAGGUGGCCAGUAUAAGUGACUGGCCCGGAUCUCAGACUGUUAUUGAGGUCAAAUCGUUUUGGGGGAUGACGGGCUACUAUCGUUCGUUUGUAAAAAACUGUAGUACUAUAGCUUCCCCAUUAACAAAUCUAACUCAACUUGACACCCCUUGGGAGUGGACUGAAGAGUGUGAGGCAGCCUUCAGGAAACUGAAGUACGCUUUGACUCACUAUGAAGUCCUCAAACUUCCUGAUUCUGAUAAACCCUUUGUUGUGACCACAGACGCCAACCAAUAUGGCAUAGGCGCGGUCCUUGCGCAAAAGGAGGGGCCAAAGUUGAGACCGAUUGAGUAUAUGAGUAAAAAAUUGCCAUCUCAGAAAUUAGCCAGGUCUACUUAUGAAUGUGAGUUCUAUGCCCUGUACCGAGCGUUGGUCCACUGGAGACACUAUCUCCUUGGCAGAUUUUCUAUGUAAGAUCUGACCAUGCGACCUUGCCCUGGAUCAAAACACAGUCGGUACUCUCAGACGCACUCAAAAGAUGGAUACAAGUGAUAAACAUGUAUGACUAUC